AGAAGAAGAAGAAGAAGCACGAGUUUCCAAAACCAGUUUGAGCUCUUGUCUGGUUGUGCAGCUCCGACGAUUUCAGUUGACGGCGGCCAGUAGUCACCUUCGCUACCUUCCGAGUUUCCACUCUGUCUUCUACUUUGGGUCUUUGGGUAGAAUCCAAGGUAGGUGUCUUUGGUGCAUGAUCUGCAGUUCAACAAAUGAGAAAGAAAGAAGAUUUAUCAUCAAACCAUUGAGUGCUUCAAAUUAGCUCAACAAUGGAAACACAAAUUCUAUUGAGUUGCCUACUUAAACCAAGCCCAGAUAGUAUACCAGAAUCCCUAAAAGACCAACUUCUCUGUCACUCUCCCUGUGUGGGUGAUGUUGAACUUCACCCGCCCAUUACUCAUUUAACUGCAACCAUUAGUUCUUCUUCUCCACCUUCAUUUCUGGCUAGUUCAUCAUUUCAGUCAUAUUAUUAUCCAGGGGUUAAGUACCUACCACCACACCCUUAUUGGCAGCAGCAGCAGCCUUUUUUACCACAUCCUCCUUCCAUGUCUCCCUCUUCAGUCCCUCCAUUGCAGCCAAGUUCAUUGGUGGAUGCAGAUGCAAGGGAGAGGAGCAGGAUAGCACGCCAAAGAAGAAGCUUAAUUUUGAGAAAACGAAACGCUGCCCGUUCUAUGGCUGCUUUUUCAAGGUUGGAAGUAGAGAGAGAUGCAGCUGGUGUUGGUUCUGAUAUGCAGAACAACAGAAAACGUCUCUCCUCAUCACUGGAUAACACGGAGCUCAAUAAUCAUGACGUUGGAUCUCUGGGAAGGGUUUUACUGCCAAAGGUGAUGCCGAACUUCCUUUCCUCAUCAUCUACAUCAAAGAGCUUAGUGACAAAUAAAGAGGUAAAAAAGUACCGUCCCAUCCUCUCAAACAAAGAAGGUAUUCAGCUGAUGAUCAGACAUACUCAUUCAAAGUGGGGUUCGAAGAGCAAGUACUGGUCAAAUAACAAAAGCAGAAUGCAUGUGUUUGGAAAUUCAGUAGGUACUGGUUCUAAAACUCAGAACAACAAACAAGACCUCUACUCAUUCUGUAAUGGUUCUCAAACACAGAACAACAAACAAGACCUCUACACAUUCUGCACGCCUGAUAACAUGGCACUGAGAUUGUUGUUCAGGAAGGAGCUCAAGAAUAGUGACACUGGAUCUUAUGGAAGGAUUGUACUGCCAAAGAAAGAUGCAGAAAAGUGCCUUCCGAGCCUCUUCGACAAGGAAGGCAUCAAGCUGAUGAUCAGGGAUAUUCAUUCAAACCAACAGUGGGAUUUCAAAUUCAAGUAUUGGCCAAAUAACAAAAGCCGAAUGUAUGUGUUUGAAAAUACAGGAGACUUUGUUAGGCAAAGUGGAGUAAAGGUGGGAGAUAGCAUUAAUCUAUAUGAAGAUGAAUGCAAGAAUCUCCAGUACAUCUCCAUCCAAAAGGCGGAAACAAGACCAGUACAUGCUCCCGAACCCUCAUACCAACAAAGCUGCUAUACUAUUACCAAAGACUAUGCUGCCAAUUGCUGUAGCAGCCACAUAGAUGCUGUUGAAAAUGGCAAGGCCAACACCAUUAACAACAACAGGUCCAGCAACAAAGACAACUCAAACAGCCUAGAGAAGAAUCCUAUCCCCAACAUUGACAACACCAACAGCAAAACUCAUGCCAAGGCAACAAGCACAUACAUACCAUAUGCAGGAGUCCGCCCUGAAGAAGAUGAGAGUUCUUUAGCAGUACUACUGUAACAACGCAAGGAACACCUUCUUGAGACAAAUAUGGUGGAAUUGUUCAGGGGUGAUGCUUCUUCACACAGACAAAGCAAGGAAGCUAGUAAUAACUCCAACAACAGCCUCGCUCUCUGGACAAAUCCGAACAUCUAACACUCAACUAGCUACAGCAGGAACAUUCGUGGCCUCAACACCGUCCUCCUCACUAACCAUUAUGAAGAUGGCGGACGACAUUUUUGACAACUGCUGUGAAGGCCUCGGAAGACUCCCUGACGUCAGUUAUUGUGACCAUUUUACUUUUGAUUUUACUGAAUGACAUAAUGGAUAAGACGUAUUCAGGGUUAAUUCGAUGAUUCUAAGUA